CGGCCUCUGUCUUUCUGCCUGUCUCCCCCACUGCCAACACCUCUUCUGUCCCGUCCCUCCCACUGGUGGCUCACCCCUCUACGUGAAGAUGUCAGCCCAGGACAGAUGCCUCAGCCUCAUCAAGUACCUCCUCUUCGUCUUCAACCUCUUCUUCUUCGUCCUAGGCAGCCUUAUUUUCUGCUUCGGCAUCUGGAUACUCAUCGACAAGACCAGUUUCGUGUCUUUUGUGGGCUUGUCCUUCAUGCCCCUGCAGAUCUGGUCCAAGGCCCUGGCCAUCUCAGGAAUCCUCACCAUGGGCCUGGCCCUCCUGGGCUGUGUGGGGGCCCUGAAGGAGCUUCGCUGCCUCCUGGGUCUGUAUUUUGGGAUACUGCUGCUCCUGUUUGCCACGCAGAUCACCCUGGGGAUCCUCAUCUCCACUCAGCGGAGCCGGCUGGCGCGGAGGGUGAAGGAGAUCGUGCUGGAGACUAUCCAGAAGUACCGCGCCAAACCGGAGCGGGCCGCGGCCGAGGAGAGCUGGGACUACGUGCAGUUCCAGCUGCGCUGCUGCGGCUGGAAGUCUCCUCAGGACUGGUUCCGUGUCCCCAGCCUGAGCAGCAACGAGUCGGAGGUGCCCCACGUGCCCUGCUCCUGCUAUAACUCAUCGGCCACCAACGACUCCACAAUCUUCGAAAAGAUCUCCCUCCCCCAGUUCAGCCGGCUCGGACCACUGGCGCGGCCGCGACACAGUACAGACCUUUGCGUGGUCCCUGAAAACAGCUACAUCUACCGCGAGGGAUGCGAGCAGAGCCUCCAGAAGUGGUUGCAGAACAACCUCAUCUCCAUAGUGGGCGUUUGUCUGGGCGUCGGUCUCCUCGAGGUGAUCUGGUCCCGCCCCCAUUCGCGAUUGGCCCUACAAUCCCUAGCUGGCCCCGCCCCAAAUUGCGCUUCCUCCCAGUCUCUGGGAAAGGCGCAUGCGUGGUAGAGCGUCAGCCAAUCCAGACAGGCCCUCCUGCCGCUCCAACUGGGACGAGGGAGGCGACCUAGCCUCUGUGAGCCCUGAUUGGUUGUACGGAGGAAGCAGGCGUUCCCGCCCUUCCUCGCGAGGCUCCCAUUGGCCUUCCUCGGAAGACCAGCAUCCUGCUAUUGGCCACAAUAUCCCUCCCCUUUCCCUGCAGGUGAGUGUGGCAGGGCUGAGCCUGCUACUACUGCGCAGGGCGCUCUACCGGGAAGCCCGGCCGCAGGUCCUGGGUGCCCACGGUUCGAGCCCUGGGCCCGGCCUGAGCGCUGACGGCGACGGAGGGCGCUGUGGUGUGCUGAGCAGCAGCGGGCGUAGCGGCAAUCUGUGGGGUGGCUGGGGCAUGGCCGAUGCCUGCCCCAACUGGGGGGACAAGGCCCCGCAGGGCAAGCUGCCCAUGGCCCUGGGGCCCUGGCCUCUUUGGGAUCAAGACGAGGAACAGCCUGAGACCAGGAGCGCGGGCACGGAGGUGGAGGCCGAGGUGGAAUUACAGGCUGAGGCGGAAGGGGAGACAGAUGAGCCUCCAGAAUAAAGGACCCUGGGCUUGCUCCGGAUCUCACUCCUUCCCACUCUAGACCUACGCUAGACGCAACUGGGUUCCCUUACCCUAUUCUGUUCCUCUUCCAGCUCCCAACUCUGUUCCCACCCUCCCCGGCCCGCUCUCAUCUUCUGUGGCCUACCCCAUGACCUCCUGCCCUAUUACCCUUAACUCCACCACAUUCUCCACCUCUUAUCUUCCCCCCAACUCCCAUCCCUAACCCCACCUUUCACAACCAGGCCCAGUUCUCCCUCUAGCCCAGCCCAUUUUCUACCUACUUCUUUCUUCGCCCCUCCCAGGACCCCUCCCGGCCCAAUUCUCGGUGCCUUACUUUCUUGCCCUGGCCCCACCCCGACUUUUCUCCCUUGGGACCCUCACUACCCCACCCCCCUCUCGCCGGCACCCCCUCGACCUCUCUGACUGCGUCUCCUUUC